CGUAUGGUCAUUUUCUUGGUCAUUUUCUUAACUAGGUGGAUGGCAUCUUGUAUCGGGGAUUGCAUUGAUCAUGAUCGCCAACGACAUCCGAGACUAUCAUGCCACUAAACAGAGCUAUACUCUUUUCAAGUGCUCUCUACGGUGCAGUCUGCCUAACUAAAAAUAUACAUCUCCAUUCGCGACCCUGGUGUGGAGAUGUCCAAACAGCACCACAAGCUGUCGGUAUCGGCACCGUCCCAACAUGCCGGAAGGGUCCACCAGCUCCGUUUAAAACAAGACAGCACUCUCUAGUCAAUGAUUCCUGGACCCUUGUCUUUGUCGGUUAACGUUGAAUUGUGACCCUUACCCUCAUACUCCUGUCAACCGUGCUCUCGAAGCAUUGCUUCAGAUGUUUGGUAAACGAUGAACGGAAACUCGGUCAAUCGUUUCUAUGCUUUACCCAGUGUUCAUAUCGAAAAGCACGGCAGCACCGUGACUUGCCAGCAACUUCAAGGCCAUAGGACCGGACAUGGCUUUCACUCUGCCAGACCUCCAAUCCGACAAAAUGUCAAAGCCAUCGCCGGAUCAAUAGGGUCCUUGAAAAGCCAUAUUCGGCCUAAUAAACAACGCCUAUCACCCAAUAAUAAUAGCCUUCCUAGCGUCGAACCGUGGAGGUCAGUCAGGCAAUCAUCGGAAGGCCCUCCCAGGAAGUCAAUGGAACCACGCUCAUCACGAAUACACCUGUCACGAAGUAACGAUCGCUUAAUGGCCUGCGACUGCCCAUAUCCAGAGCAAGGUCCCCUUUGUGUGGUUCCAUCAGUCGUCACAACUGUCACUGGCGGUGAUAUCAACGCUGCACUUCAGAAGCCGAACUCGUCACGCAGGGUUAUGGAAUGGGCAAGUGGGUUUGAGAAGCAGGCUAUGAAUAUCAUACACAACCCGUCUGUUCUCUAUACCGGCCCGUUUACUGCAUAUUCUGAUCCAAUCACGUCACCGAGAGACCGUCAUCUGGAACGGGGCGAUGAUAUUGACCGUUCAACGACAAUUUCAAGCUUGGGAGACACCGCCACCACUGUCCAGUGCUCUUCUACAAUAGCGACUGAAGAAGUACCUCCCGAUACCGCUCACAAAAUGGUCCCCCCAAAGUCCAAUGUUUCUCAACCAUCCAAAGACUGCCUAAUAUCAAAGCCCCUGCCACAGCCACCUGAACGGACAAAGCAGAGCCGCAUUGAAGCUCUCGAGCUGAGGAAGAGGGACCUAGCUCGACGCAGGCAGUCUACAGAAAAGGCCAUAUACGCUAUAAUGUGGAGUCCACAGCCAGACUCCGUCCUAUACGACAUGAAUGCAAGAGAAGAGACCAAGAAGACUACCACGAGGCUCAACUCCGAGCUCGAUUCCGUCAGGAGAGAAGAGCAUGAAGUUGGUUUAAGUCUUGUCCGAGCAUUGAAACUGCAGGAUGAGAAAAGCUGUUCUGGAGAGGGUACCAGCCUCUGGGUCAAUCGAAUGGCCCGUUAAACGCUACCUUGAUCUACGCCGUGAUGAUUAUUUCCUUGCCAUUCUUACCAUUAUUACCAACUUCUCUCUUAUUUGUUUCUUUGAAUUUUGUUAUGCACUCGAGUGGUACUUGCUUUUUCUCGUGUCAUUGAUGCUCUGGGAC